CGGAAGUACUGGUGCAUCACGGGAAAACACGUGUGGAGCUGUGGUGCCCUAAAAAAUAGGAAAAUUCUACAUGUCAAUGCUUUAAUCUUCCUCAUCCAAAACCAUCAUGACUUCCACAAACAUCGCAAGCGGAGAUGACCGCUUCUCGAAGGUUAAAAAAGACCCUCGCUUCUGGGAGAUGCCUGACAAAGAGCGCAAAGUCAAGAUUGACAAACGUUUCCAGUCCAUGUUCCACGACAAACGCUUCAAGCUAAAGUAUACGGUCGAUAAACGCGGCCGGCCUGUCAACCACUCGUCCGCCGAGGACCUCAAACGCUUCUACAAUCUCUCUGACUCCGAUCAGUCAGAUGAAGACGAAGAGAAGACAGUAAAGACAAAAAUAAAGAAACAGGCAGCAAAAAAGAUCGCUGGUAAACAAGCUCAAGCUGAUGAAGAAGACGAUGAGACGGAUGAAUCUGAAGAGGAGGAAGAGGAUAUUUCAGAAAAACCUAUAAAGAAGCUCCAGAAGGUUCCCAAACCAAGCGCAAAGAUGCCAGGGAAGGGAGUGAGGGUGUUUGAAGAAGAUGAGGAUGAAGAGUCUGGGGUUGAUGAUGAUGUCACUAUGGAGGAGGGUUCAUCUGAAGCCAGUAAAGAUGAUGAUGAUGAUGACGAUGAGAGUGAGUCAGAGGAAGACGGUGACAGCGGGCCUGAUCUGGCCCGAGGGAGAGGAAACAUUGAGACCAGCUCGGAUGAAGAUGAUGAUGGUGAUGAUGAUGAUUUGGAAGACCUCCUCCACCAGGAGGAAGAGGAAAUUGAGCAUGACUGGGGAGAGAUGUGGAAAGAUGCUCCACGCACAGAUAAUACUUCACGGCGGCUGGCGGUUUGUAACAUGGAUUGGGACAGAAUAAAAGCUAAAGAUCUUCUGGCUCUCUUCAACUCUUUUAUGCCCAAAGGAGGAAUGGUUCUGUCUGUGAAGAUUUUUCCAUCUGAGUUUGGGAAAGAGAGAAUGAAAAUGGAGCAGACUCAAGGUCCUAUGGAGCUCACCAGCCUGCCUGACAAUCCGGAUGCAGACACAGAAGAGCAAAGGGUCUACAGAGAAAAGGUUCGUGAUUACCAAUUUAAGCGUUUGAAGUAUUACUACGCUGUGGUGGAUUGCGACACGGUCGAAACAGCAGCCAAGAUUUAUGAGGAGUGUGAUGGCUUUGAGUACGAGAGCAGCUGCUCCACCAUCGACUUACGGUUCAUCCCAGAUGAUGUGACGUUUGAUGAAGAGCCGAAGGAUAGUGCCACAGAUGUGGAUUAUGCGUCAUACAGGCCCAAACUCUUCACCUCAACAGCAACUACUACAGCCAAGGUGGGGCUAACGUGGGACGAAACGGAUCACGACCGUGUCACGGCUCUCUGUAGAAAGUUUAACAAGGACGAGAUGUUGGAUAUGGACUUCAACGCUUACUUGGCCUCCUCGAGCGAGGAGGAUGACGAAGAGCCAGAGAAACAAAUUCUCUCAGCUAAGAAGCCCGUUGAGUCUCUUCCUGAAGAGAAGAAGCUGAGAAAAGGAAGGAAAGACUCGGAUCAGAUCAAUAAAUACAGAGAACUUCUGAAGAGCAUUCAGGACAAAGAGAAGAAGAAGGACGACAACAUGGACAUGGAGAUCACAUGGGUACCAGGACUGAAGGAAAAGACUGAGAAGUUGGUGAAGAAGAAAAUGGAUGGCAAAGAUCAGCUGACACCAUGGGAGGAAUUUUUGGAGAAGAAGAGAGAGAAGAAGAAGGAGAAAAGAAAGGGAACAAAGGAUGAGGAGGGGGAGCCUAUAAUCAGUGAUGAUGAAAUUCCUGAUGAUGUUGACCUGAACGACCCCUUUUUCACAGAGGAGCUCAACGCGACACAAUCUCUGAAAAAGAAAAAGAUCAAGAAGAGCAGUAAGGAGGAGGAACGAACAGCAGAAGAGGAGGAAGAGAUGAAGAAACAGGGGGCUGAGAUGGAGCUGCUGAUGGCUGAUGAUGAAGAUGACGGGCACAAACAUUUCAACUAUGACAAGAUCGUGAAGCACCAGAACCUGAGCAAGAACAAACGGAAGAAACUUCUGAAGAGCAACACACCGCUGAAUGUGGAUGACUUCCAGGUGGAUGUUAAAGACCCGCGUUUCCAGGCUAUGUUUACAUCCCAUCUUUAUAACCUGGACCCCUCCGACCCUGCCUACAAGAAGACCAAAGGCACACAGAGCAUCUUAGAGGAGAAAAUGAAACGUAGAGAGGAGGAACAGAAGAGUCAAGAGGUGGCGCUAAAGGGAAAAGCAGCGCAGGAGGUCAGAACAGAGGCUGCGGGCGCAGAAGACACGUCAGCCGCUAAAGCUACGGACCCUAAUUUAUCACUGCUCAUCAAAUCUAUCAAAAACAAAACAGAACAGUUUCAAGCACGAAAGAAACAGAAGACAAAAUAAAUUGACUGCAGAAGA